GUAAUGGUAGUUCGUGUGGUGUUGUGUGGCGUGGUUACUUUAUUAAUCGCUGUUAAAAAUGUAUGAUUUUAUCUAAUUGUUUGAGCAGUUACAAGAACACGUGGUAGUUGUGCGGGAUGGAGAAAAGCGCGGGCGGCGGCAUGGCGCGAGUUAAAGAGGAACCCGAGCCCGAGUGGAUUUUUGACCACGUUGUUAAGGAGGAAGCAGUAUUCAUGGAUCAAGAGGAGCAUGUGAAGGAGGAGUGUGAGGACAGCACAGACGGGUGCGGCGUGAGCGAGGCAGCCAUGCAGGCCGGCCUGUACCCCAAACACGAGGUGAAGGACGAGCUCGUGCUGGGCCCGGAGCGCCCGCACCGCCCGAUAGUCGACCAGGUGGUGAGAGGCCAGGCGUUAGCUGCGCAGGGUGCGGGGGCGCAACUCGCUUGUGACUGCUCCGUGCGCCUCGCGAGCCACGCCGCGCGAGACCACAAGCCUAGAGGGACCGCCGGCUACGAUACCACCACUCCACCCCACGCAGACUAUGAUAUUGAAGUCAAAAUAUAUGUUAAACCUGAGAAAGAACUGACAUGUGAUCUCUGUGGAGAGAGUUUUGAUUUGAAAUCUGAUCUAAUAAAACAUGUCGCAGCCCACAUUCAUGUGCCUACAAGCGCGGAGCGGGAAGCGGGCAGAUCUGAUGACGUCACAAGCAAUAGGCAAACUCCAAAGAAGAAACCGAGCGGCAGACUCGAAAAUUACCAAUGUGCCCACUGUAAAUAUAAAACAGCUACACGACUAUGCUUAAUUAGGCAUUUGAGAAAUAUGCAUACUAAUGAGAGGCCAUACAAGUGUAGUCAGUGUGCCUAUGCUAGCAGCCAAAAAAUUCACUUGCAGGUUCAUGCAAGCAAACACACUGGUGAAAAGCCAUACAAAUGUGACCAAUGUAGUUAUGCUAGCGCCCGCAAACAAACUUUGAACUUACAUAUAAGAAAACACACUGGUGAAAAGCCAUACAAAUGUGAUCAGUGUAGUUACACUUGUAUCCAAAGAGGUUCGUUGUUACAUCAUAUAAGGAAACACACAGGUGAAGAACCGUACAAAUGUGAUCAAUGUAGUUAUACCUGUGCCCACAAAGGUACUUUGCUAAUUCAUACAAGAAAACACACUGGUAAAAAUCUUCACAAAUGUGACCAGUGUAGUUUUGUUAGUGGCAACAAAGGAACUUUUCAAAAUCAUAAAAUUACACACACUGGUAGAAAACCUUAUAAAUGUGACCAGUGUAGUUUCGCUAGCGGCCGUAAACGUAAUUUGCAGGUUCAUGUUAGGACACAUACUGGUGAAAAGCCGUACAAGUGUGGACAUUGCAAUUACGCUAGUGCCCGCAAAAGCUCGUUGAAUCUCCAUGUAAAGAAUCACACCGGGGGAAAGCCAAACAAAUGUGAUCAGUGCAGUUUUGCUAGUAAUUCUAAAAGUGGUCUACUAGUCCACAUGAUAAAACACAGUGGUAAAAUGCCUUACAAAUGUGGCAAGUGUAGUUACGCUACAUGGCAAAAAUAUUUUUUGCAAGUUCAUGUAAGGAAACACACUGGUGAUAAGCCCUUCAAGUGUGACCAGUGUAGUUAUGCUGGUGCCUUCAAAUGUGAUUUACUAAGUCACAAACGAAAACACACAGGAGAAAAACCUUACAAAUGUCGCCAGUGCAGUUAUGCUAGUAAUUUUAAAAGUGGCUUGCGAGCCCAUAUGAAAAAACACUCUGGUGAAUUGUCUUACAAAUGUGACCAGUGUAGUUACGCUAGUUCGCAAAAAUAUUGUUUGCAAGUUCAUAUAAUGAAACACACUGAUGAAAAGCCGUUCAAGUGUGAUCAUUGUAGUUAUGCUAGUGCCCACAAAGCUGCUUUACUUGUUCACAAACGAAAACACACAGGUGAAAAACCUUACAAAUGUGGGCAGUGCAGUUAUGCCAGUUCCCAAAGAAAAUAUUUGCGAGUUCACGAAAGGAAACACACUGGUGAAAAGCAGUACAAUUGUGACCAGUGUAGUUAUGCUACUAACCGAAAAGAUACUUUGGAAGUUCAUGAAAGGAAACACACUGGUGAAAAGCCGUACAAGUGUGACCAGUGUAGUUAUGCUAGCUGCCGAAAAGAUACUUUGGAACUUCAUAUAAGGCGACACACUGGUGAAAAGCCUUACAAGUGUGACCAUUGUAGUUAUGCUAGCCGGCGAAAAGAUAAUUUGGAAGUUCAUAUAAGGAAACACAGGUGAAAAAAAAAGUGGCUAGUGCAGUUACAUGCUAGUAAUCAUAAAAGUAGCCUGCUAGUCCAUUUAAAACCGACACUCGUUUAAUGUCGGCAACAAGAAUGGAGGUAAGUUUUGAAUGAUUCACGGUUAGUUUCACUAUUUUGUAUUGUUUUCGAGCUCCCGAUAUUUAGAAUAGAAUAGAAUAGUUUUUAUUCGUAAACACACAGACAAUAUACAUGCAUUAAAACAACAUAAUGAAAAUAAAGUGUCACGAAAUGGCCCCAUCUCAGCAUGCUGCUGGCGACUUCCAGCGCACAUAUAUAGCAGCGCGAUAUUUCGACGCAGUUACAUGCAUCUUGUUCACGGGUAACUGAAGAUAGCGGAUGGGUGUCAAAGUUGUGUUGUGUGUGUGUGUGUUGUGUAGAUCGCGCUCGGUCUACCCUCAUUCACAACAACAACAACCUUAAGUGUGAUAGUAUAAGUAUAUAUUAAAGGCGUUACUAAUUAAAUGUCCUUGUUACGAUAUAAAUGAAUUUGAAAACCUAAGUGAUAAUUUGCAGUAUUAAGUAGUGGUUUUUUUUUAUGAAAUAGGAGGCAAACGAGCAGACGGAUCACCUGAUGGUAAGCGAUUACCGUCGCCGAUGGACACCCGCAACACUGGAGGGGUUGUAAGUGCGUUGCCGGCCUUUAAGAUGGGAAUACGCUCUUUUCUUGAAGGUUUGAAGGUCAUAUCGGUCCGGAAAUACCGCAGGCGCCAGUUCAUUCCACUAUUUGUUGCAUGCAUCUUUUGUUUGUAAUUUAAUCGAAUCGAUGACACUGACAUUUUGUAAUUUAAUUAUUAAUUUAUAACAUUAUGCUAUGAUUAUUAACUUGAACCAAUAACUGACAUAUUGAAAUUGU